AUGUCGCUUAUGUCUCAAUCUGGAACCGACAUCCCUGAAGAGUGCACAUGCGACGAAGAAGCAAUUUCUGCGUAUAGCACGUCUCCUGGACCUCAAGCUCCAAAAGUAUUCGCAAACAUGUUUGCUCUCAUCAUUGGGGUCCAUACGUACCAGAACCCAAGCGGCAGCAUCAAACCGUUACCCGGAGCUUGCGCGGAUGUUAGGAAGAUGAAGGCGUUCUUGCUCAGCAUGAAUGUUCCAGAAGCACGCAUCAAGAUGCUACGCAAUAGGGAAGCAACCCACGACAGUAUCAUAAAAGAGCUCUAUCAUGUAGCCAAUAACCGAGGCAUCGAAUACAAUAACCCUAUCCUCAUUUACUUCGCAGGCCACGGAACAAGAGUGCCAGCUGGAGAGGAGUCAUCAAAGGUCAUGAUAGAGAUGUUGUGUCCGUAUGACUUCCUGUCGAGGAACGGAGAAACACGUGGGAUUCUAGACAUCGUUCUUGCCGAACACUUGAACAGUAUUUCCAAGGCUAAAGGGAAUAAUAUCACUGUCGUUCUGGACUGUUGCCAUUCUGGAUCGGGAACACGAAAGGUCCCGGGCGGAGACCAGGAGAAAUUGACCAUGCGCAGUGUGGAGUUUGCUCCAGAUUGGAAGAAUACCUCUAUGGCCCAUUUCACCGCUGGUACCCGCGCCACUCAGAAGGCAAGUGUCAGUGGAAAACAUACAAAAUUAGCCGAGGACACACUUCUCGGGACGUUUUCACAUGUCUUAUUGGCAGCCUGCAGUGCGCAGCAGUCCAGCAGCGAGGCCAUCGCAGGUGGGAAAUUCACAACGGAGUUGCUCAGAGCUCUUCAACGCCUUGAUACGGACCAGCUCACGUACAGGAGGCUCAUCGAAGACCUUCCAGAUAUUCCUGAUCAGCACCCGCAGUGCGAAGGCUUUAACAGGGAUAGGAAUAUAUUCACCACCAUAACUCCCAAUCCCGAAGACGACUUCUACAAGCUCACGCUGAUCCCGGAUACGUGUCAGUUCACCUUCGAUGACGAUGACGUACGGGAGGACGAUAAAUAUGCCAUUCAUGGUGACCACGACGAAUCCGCCGAGCGUCCGUUCAUUUGCAAGGCCACUGUCGAGUCUGUGGUCAUUUCUACCGCGGUCAACUCUACCGCAGUGAUGAUUGUAGACGAUCCCGGCGUCAUCCACAAGAAAUCGAACCCAUUAUAUGCGUAUCCCGUCAAUGUUGGAUCAAUCUCUCAGAAACCAUCUGGCAGUGGUUAUGCGUUAACGCGAACCACGACAUAUCAGCUAUCCGCUGGAGAAGCGUACGGAAUCUAUGUGGGGGCCGAAUUUGACGUCCAUACGGCUCGGAGUCGCGAUACAAGCUCAAUACUUGGAAAAUUCGUCGUCCAAUCCACGACCAACUACAAAGCCAAACUCAUCUAUACAUGGUCCCAUGAUUCCACCCCUGGCACCCCGCCGGAAGCGUGGGGGAGACAGACUCAAGUAGGCCCUGGCCACGACUUUCAUCUGGGCAUUCCAGCCGAGCUCUCGUACAUCGCAAAGGUUGUACAGAGCAUGCGCCUUGGACAAUACAAAAACAUCCUCGCCAACAUUCAUACUCCUCCAGGAGACCAGGAUAUGCUGACACUGGUCAAGAAUCAUGACAACAUGAUUGCAUUCGAGCACCACGAAAAUCCAGGCCCAGAGGACAAGACGAUGCGCCUUCUUAACCCAGUUUGCUUCGAGCUCGAGAAGACUGCAAGGCGCGUUGUUAAUGCCGACUCCGACCUCGUUGUCGGUGCCGAUUCCGACACCGUUGUCAAUCCCGACUUCAUCAUCGUAAUAUCCGGCGCCGCCGACUUCUUUACGUAUCUCCGUCGACAACCCCCUUCCAGCUAUUUCUUUGAAAAGGGAAAGGAGCGUGUCUUCUUGGAGUGCUAUGAACUACAGGGAGACUGCAAAAUGAUACCAAAGGACGAUAAGAACGACCUCAUUGGAGAGAAGUGUAGGCUGGGUUUGGAUGACGAUGGGAAAAAGAGAGCGUAUGGGUUCAAGAUCGUCAACAAGGACACUAGACCUCUUUAUGCGGCUCUGUUCUAUUUUGAUAUGCUCGACCUCAGCAUAAGAUCUUACCAUCAACCAGGCGCAGCCAGAGAUGGACAUGUCGACCAUUGUGUGCUCGCUCAAGACUCGCUUACAAUCGGUUAUGCACAGGGUGGCAGUGGAGAUCCACGAGGGUACCGCGUACGACAGGGUCAAAAGGUGGAAGUGGGGUAUUUGAAACUAUUUGUUUCGACCCAGUGGGUAGAUUAUUCAGGGAUUGCGCAGACAUCACCGUUCAAUGGUGGGAGGCGCGGGGAUUAUCAAUACACACCAGAUAAUUCCCCGUGGGACUCACUUGUUGUGCCAGUGGUGCUGAAACGCGUAUUGCGAAGUGUAAAGACGUGA